UCCACGGGUCAGUCAGGUAUUAAUGUGUUGAGAACUGUCCUCAUGAUGACUCAGGGGUAGUGUCUCUGCUUCUUGAAAUGGUUAACCCAACAGAAUUCACCUUCAACCAUUUCCCAAUGAGACUGUAAUGCACUUAAAUUCCUGAAGUCAAAUUUCAACUUCAGUUCCUGCUUUUGAACGAGAAGCUUACAUCAGACAACGGCCUUUCACCAGCUGGAGCAGGAUUUUUCAAAGACAAUGACAACCAACUUUCUUUCGGACCUGGUUCAGUACCAGCGACUAUUCCUAAUGAUGAUUGUGUUAGGAGUGGGUGGAAACCUCCUUAUCGGCUUCCAGGUUUCUGUGAUCACCUAUCCUUCUGAACAUAUAAAGAGAUUUAUCAAUGCAACCUGGGUAGAACGGUAUGGCUCUCCCCUUCAUCAGAAAACAGUCUCCCUACUCUGGUCCUUGGUUGUGUCUCUCUACUGUGUGGGAGGUUUGUUUGGCUGCAUGUGGAGUGGACCUCUGACAAUGAGAUAUGGAAAAAAGAGAACUUUCAUGAUCAAUGACCUGAUCAUAAUUGCAGCUGCUCUUCUCAUAGGCUUCAGUAGGAUGGCUAAAUCUUAUGAAAUGAUUCUAAUUGGACGCUUCCUCUAUGGCAUCACUGCAGGUAUCUGUCUGAAUGUCCAUGGACAGUAUGUUGGAGAAGUUUCACCCAAAAAGCUGAGAGGCUUUGCAAAUACCACUUCAUCUGUUUUUUUUGCACUAGGAAAAGCCUUGGGGCAGUUGAUGGGCUUAAGAGAACUUUUAGGCUCUCAAGCUUUCUGGCCUUUGCUGCUGGCUUUGUGUGGAAUCGCAGCCCUAGUACAACUGCUGCUCUUGCCAUUUUUCCCAGAAUCCCCCCCAUAUCUGUUGAUUCAAAAGGAUGACAAAGAAGGUUGCUUACAAGCCAUGAAAGACCUCUGGGGUGAAGGACAUCUCCAAGCUGAGAUGGAUGACCUGAUGAAGCAGAAGACAGCCAUGAAGAAUUCCAAGAGCUUAAGCAUUCUAGAAGUGAUGAAAGAGAAAUCCCUACGGCCAUCUUUAUGCAUUGUCUUUCUGCUGACAAUGAGCAUGCAGUGGUCUGGCUUGAGUGCAAUCUACUUUUAUACCUUUGAAGUCUUCCGUACAGCCGGGGUGGAAGAUGUUCUUAUACCCUAUGUGGCAUUAGGAGUUGGAACCUGUGAAUUUGUCUCUGUGAUCCUGUGUAGCACCAUAAUUGACCACAUUGGCCGAAGGAUUCUGCUGUGGGGAGGCUAUGGAAUGAUGGCUUUGGUUAUGGCCUUUCUCAUAAUUACUCUCUCUCUUCAGGAUAAGUUCCCUUGGAUGUCCUACGGCAGCAUCAUCCUCAUCUUCUUGUUUGUCUUCUCUUAUGGACUUGGUCCAUGUGGUGGUGUCAUCUCUGUCAUGGUAGAGAUUUUCAACCAGUCAGCAAGAUCAUCAGCAUUUGUCAUUGUGGGUACCACCAGCUGGAUGUGCCUUAUUGUAGUUGGGAUGGGUUUCCCCUUUGUUGUGGAGAUCCUCGGUCCUCUCUGCUUCCUUAUAUUUUUGUUCGUGCUCAUUGGGAUAGUGAUUUUUGUUUACAUCUUUGUUCCUGAGACAAAGGGAAGAUCAAUUGCAGACAUCACAGAAGAACUAGGCAGGAUACAGUUUGGAAAGAUAUUCCUACUGACUGCUUCAAGAAAGAAUCUCAUCAGAAACCCUGGUCUCUGUACCGAGUUAUGAUAGGUCAGCAGGUUUAGAAACUAGUUCUCUACCUGAAUGAAAUGGACUGUUAUUGAAGAAACCUUGUCUUGGAAAGUGUGCAGGUAGCCUGGGUUUUCAGUCGUCAUGCUCACGUUUCAUACCCAGGGACUUUAGUUUAUUGCAAUUCAAAUUCCUCUAAGCGCACAAGGUGAGUUGUACAUUUGGAUUAAUGUUGUCUAGCAAUGCAAGAGGCACCAGUUUGCAUGAAACAGAGCUUCCGAUGCUUGACAGGAUGGUUUGCCAUAACUGCAGUAAAGCACAAUGAUGGACUAGAAAGAGAAACUGAUCUCUUGGGGCAUGGACAGGUAAGGAAACCAAGGUCUAUGAAGAGAAGCCAGAAGAAGGCUUUGGCUUGGGACACAGGAGGUUGAGAAUGUUUCCAUCUUUUAAAACCAGGAUUAGAAACUUGCUCUGGGAUGUAAAUUAACAUGCAUCCACAAUGCUGUGCUGAAAACAAUAUUAUGUCCGGUUGUUACAAUCCAGUCAUGGGGAGAGCAAUGUGCAGUGGUGGCUUGUCUGGAGAAGAAAUGUCUUGCCCUUAAUGUAUGGAAAUGGGCAGUUGAAGCUUUUCAUAGCUGGGCAUAAAUAAUAUCACCUGUUCAAUCACAUCCAUUAACCCUCUAAGGGAAUGGGAAAUUCUUUUUUUCCAGAUUGUUGGCAACCCUAAAGAAAAGUAUGUGUGUUGUGUGUUUAAGGGCCAUCAAGUCACUUCCAACUCAUGGCAACCCUGUGAAUCAAUAUCCUCCAAAACCUCCUUUCGUUAACAUCCCCUAAAUCGCCAUCUGGCAAAUGCUUACUCAGUCUUCUUUAAAGUAUUUCCAAGGUCAAUAGAAUUGUUGUGAAAUAGUGCCAAAAAUUUCUAGGUACUAACAAUUCCAGGAAUUAAAUAAGUGGACUAAAGUUAAAGUCAACAACUUUUGUAUGUAUGCAAAUUUAUAAAUUAAGCUCCUGCUAACAAUCAAGAAUGAAAGAAUCCCCCCAUAUUCCAUGCUGCAUUAUUGUUUGAAGUUUGGCACAUACAGACAGUUGAAAGGAAGAGGGUGGAUAUUAUCUCUGUAUUAAGAAACAACAGUUUAUAAUUCAGAAGAGACAGGAAAGAGGCAAGCAGACACUGCUGUGAAUUGGCUGAAGCACCCUGGAAGUGCAGGAUCUCUCUCUGGGGGAUAAUAUGUGGAGUAGCAUCUUUACUGUCCUGCAGGAGUGCUUCUGUGCCUCCACCUGUGCUAUACCUGUAUAUUUGCAAAUAAAGUUAAAACAUCCAAAA